AUGGCCGAUCCGCAAGAACGUGUGUAUCUUGAGUUUCUCAAUUACGACUGGGCGACGUUUCCCGAGUUCCAGGAGGGCCUUGCCCAAAUUUUGGACGGCCACCUCGAGCUGUUGAAGGAGAAAGACCCGCAUGCCACCCAAAUCCCGCCGGCAGACAAGCAACAGCUCGUUGACCAGGCCAAGCUGUUUUAUUUCUGCUCGCAGACGGGCCACAUCUUGAACUUGGACGAUUUCUAUGCGUGGAAGCGCAACAACGGCGGCAAGAUUACGCUUUUGGCCGAUGAACAUCUGGGCCUGGAACAUGCCGGCCAGACCAGCGUGGCCGCUCCGGAAGCCCCACAGGAGACGCCGUACUCGUCCAACUACCAGCACUUGGUCGAGCUUAUUGUUUCGGGCAAGCCCGUGCCGGGCAUCAAGCAGAUUCCAGACACGGUGUUGAGCGGGCAGGAAUCGAAGCUGCAGGCGCCGAUGCGGACCAAGCCGUGGGAAAAGAAGACGGAGGCCGAGCCACAAGAGGAGCCAUCGGGCACAGCCUGA